AUGGCUAUUUGUCGAUGGAUUGGAUAUCCAGAUUUAUUUAUAACUUUUACCUGUAACCCAAAAUGGCCUGAGGUGCAACGUUUCCUUAAUGACCGUAGUUUGAAAGCUGAAGACCGUCCGGACAUAAUUUGCAGGUUGUUUAAGAUGAAGCUCGAUUCCUUGAUAGCCGAUUGUAGAAAGAAGCAACUGUUUGGAUCUGUUGCUGGAGUUAGUGAAGUUGGAGCUUUAGACAAAAUAAUUUCAGCUGAGAUACCUGAUGCAAAUAUGGAUGUAGAAUAUUACAAAGCGGUUGAGGAAUUUAUGAUGCAUGGGCCAUGUGGAAAAGCUAGGUUGAAUUCUCCGUGUAUGGUGAAAGGAAGAUGUUCAAAACAUUUUCCCAUGAGAUUUUUGGAAUGUUCUACUUUUGAUGAUGAUGGAUAUCCCUUAUAUAGACGUCGAGAAAAUGGAAGGGCAAUAACAAAGAAUGGCAUUGUCUUGGACAACAGGUAUGUUGUACCGCACAAUAGACAUUUAUUGCUUAAAUACAAGGCUCAUAUAAAUGUCGAGUGGUGCAACCAGUCCCGUUCAAUCAAGUACCUUUUCAAAUAUGUUAAUAAGGGACACGAUAGGGUAACAACCGAGUUCUACAAAACCAGCAAUGAUUCAGAUGUUGGAAAAUCUGUAGAUGAGAUUAAUAUGUACGAUGACUGUAGGUACAUAUCACCCUGCGAGGCUGUAUGGCGGUUGUUUGGCUUUGAUAUACAACUUAGGGCUCCCUCAGUGGAAAGGCUAAGCUUUCACUUACCCAAUCAACAAAGUGUGAUUUUUGCCGAUGAUGAUCCAGUUGAGAACAUUGUGAAUAGACCAACUAUAGCACAAAGCAUGUUCUUGGAAUGGUUUGAGGCUAAUAAGACAUUCCCAGAGACAAGAAAGAUGACUUAUGCUGAGAUGCCAACGAAAGUUGUGUGGAAGAAACAACUACGAAAAUGGCAGCCAAGGAAAAAAGGAUUUGCAAUAGGAAGGAUUUUUUACGUCCCACCUGCCACUGGGGAAAUUUUUUUAUUUAAGAUAGGCUUAGUUGAUGAUGACAAAGAAUAUAUAGACGCAAUAGACGAAGCAAGUCAUUUGGCUUCUGGAGAUAAGUUGAGGAGAUUAUUUGUUACACGGUUAAUGACCAACUGUAUAGGUAAACCUGAAGCAGUGUGGGAUGCCGUGUGGCAACGUUUGUCUGAAGAUGCACAAUAUCAAGUUCAGAAACAAUUGCAAAAUUCAGAUUCAGUGUUGAAUGACUCUCAGAAGAUGAAUUUUGCUUUGGUUGAGAUUGAAAAAUUGUUAUCAAUGAUGGGAAAGAGUCUUAGGGACUUUCCAGAAAUGCCAGUUGCAGAUUUUGAGAAUUAUAAUGUAAUAUCAAAUAGGUUGAUACAAGAAGAAUUGGCAUAUGAUCGUGUUGCUCAGGAGAAAGAGAAUAAUGAAUUGGUUAGUCAACUGACAGAUGAGCAAAAGGUAAUAUACGAGGAGGUGUUAACAGAUAUUGAAAGCAAGGCUGGUGGAUUUUUCUUCGUUUAUGGAUAUGGUGGUACUGGUAAGACCUUCUUGUGGAGAGCACUUUCAUCCGCUUUAAGGCGGAAGGGUGAAAUUGUUCUAAAUGUUGCAUCUAGCGGAAUAGCUUCUCUUCUGCUACCAGGUGGUCGGACAGCACAUUCUAGGUUCGCAAUACCUAUAUCUGUUAAUGAAGAUUCCACUUGCAACAUAAGACAAGGCACCCCGUUGGCUGAGCUUAUUAUGCAAAGCAAGUUGAUAAUAUGGGAUGAAGCUCCAAUGAUGCACAAGUUCUGCUUUGACGCCCUAGACAGAACUAUGCGUGAUUUAUUGAGCUCCACAAAUCCAAGAAGCUGUGAAAUGACAUUUGGUGGUAAAACAGUUGUGUUAGGUGGCGAUUUUAGACAAAUUCUUCCGGUUAUUCCAAAGGGCACAAGGCAAGAUAUUGUUGGAUCGAGCAUAAAUUCGUCAUACCUUUGGAGAUCAUGCAAAGUAUUUAGGCUAACAAAAAAUCUACGCCUAAGAAGUGUAAAAUUGCGACUAGAGGCCAACGAGAUUGAAGAGUUUGCAAACUGGAUAGCAGAUAUAGGUGACGGGAAAAUUAGGAAUACAACGGAUGGUGACGCAGAGUUGACAAUUCCAAAUAAGUUUCUGCUAAAAUGUGAUGAUGAUACUAUUUCUACGAUUGUUGAUAGCAUUUUCCCGUUGUUUAGAAGCGGCAAUGGUGAUUUAUCAUACCUGAAUGAUAGUGCCAUAUUGGCUCCAACAUUGGAUGUGGUAGAUAUCAUUAACCAAUACAUGAAUGAUCAAAAUCCAUGUGAGGGUAGGACUUAUUUGAGUUGUGAUUCAGUUUGCAAGUCAGAUUCUAAUGCAGAUAUGUUAGCGAAUUUGCACACUCCAGAAUUCUUGAAUGGUCUGCGAUGUUCUGGUGUACCUAAUCAUGCAUUGACUCUGAAAAUUGGGUCACCCGUUAUGCUCAAGCGAAACAUUGAUCACACUCUUGGCUUAUGCAAUGGUACAAGAUUGAUAGUAACAAGGUUAGCUGAUCAUGUGUUGGAAGCAAAAAUAAUGGGCGGUACAAAUGCAGAUGUGGCAGCCAUUUUAGCAGUUUUGAAUAACCCAAGAUAUGACUUUCCAGCCAUUCAUUCGACGACUGAAGAGGAAGGCCGGAGGAGAGGUCUAGCCGCGCCACUUCCGAGUUCUGCUACCGCCGACGCUGGUCAGCCGCCACCGCCGGAAGUUGCCAGCUUGCUCUGCUUCCAGCUGCCGCCGUCGAUGAGGAGAGAAACCAUGAAGUCGAGCAUCCCGCCACCGCCUCCAAUCUCAAUCGUAAACAAACAGAUACAUGCUCAGUCCAUCUCAAUCGCAAACAAACAAGCUACUUCGCUAAAACCCCAUUCGGAUUCAGAUUCCCAUGUUUCAACGAAACGCCCCUAA